GGGGUGGGGGCGGGAUCCAGGAGGCGGAAGUUCCCGCGGGCCGUGGGGAAGGCACAAGCACCGCGAGUCACUUGUCAGCGCUCGUCUGAUUCGGAGGCAUCGCGGCGCCGGACCAGAGUUUCUUUCAUUUUGAGGGAUUGGAUUUUGCGUCAUUAGAACCAUGAGCAACUACAAUGUGUCCUUGGUUGGCCCAGCUCCCUGGGGUUUCCGGCUGCAAGGUGGCAAGGAUUUCAACAUGCCUUUGACAAUCUCAAGUCUAAAAGAUGGUGGAAAAGCAUCCCAGGCAAACGUAAGAAUAGGUGACGUGGUUCUCAGCAUUGAUGGAAUAAGUGCCCAUGGCAUGACUCAUCUGGAAGCCCAGAACAAGAUUAAGGGUUGUACAGACUCUUUGAAUAUGACUCUGCAAAGAGCAUCUGCUACACCCAAGCUUGAACCAGUUCCUGUUCAAAAGGGAGAACCUAAAGAAGUAGUUAAACCUGUGCCCAUUCCAUCUCCUGCUGUGUCCAAAGUCACUUCCACAACCAACAUGGCCUACAAUAAGGCCCCGCGGCCCUUUGGUUCUGUGUCUUCACCAAAAGUCACAUCCAUCCCAUCACCAUCGUCUGCCUUCACCCCAGCCCACGCGACCACUUCAUCACAUGCUUCCCCUCCACCCGUGGCCGCUGUCACUUCUCCCCCAUUCGCUGCAUCUGGACCGCAUGCUAAUACCAAUCUUAGUGCUGACCAGCGGUCAUCUGCGCUGAACGCUGGUAAACCUGCAGUUAAUGUCCCACGGCAGCCCACAGUCACCAGCGUGUGUGCCGAGACUGCCCAGGAGCUAGCGGAGGGACAGAGAAGAGGAUCCCAGGGUGACAGUAAACAGCAAAAUGGUAACCCUGGCACCGUGAAAAUCCCACCCAAACGCCCACCAAGAAAACACAUUAUGGAUCGUAAUACCGAGUUUUAUCACAUACCUACUCACAGUGAUGCCAGCAAGAAGAGGCUGAUUGAGGAUACUGAAGACUGGCGUCCGAGGACUGGAACAACUCAGUCUCGUUCUUUCCGCAUCCUUGCUCAGAUCACUGGGACUGAACAUCUGAAAGAGUCGGAAGCUGAAAAUACAAAGAAGGCAAAGUUUGACAGUUCUCUGGAAGACCUACCUCAGAGUGGACCUCACCCACCUACAACUGCUCAGGUUUUACAUAUUGGUGGCCAAGUAGCCACAGUUUCUAAAGUAACUACGUAUUCUAGCAGCUCCACAAGAAAUGUGGCAACCAGUCCUUUGGAAGCUUCUCGAAGCUUGUCUACCUUGUCUUCUCCUGCUAGAUACAGUGCUGCCGUUCUGAGCAGCGCAGCCGCUACUGUGUCUGCUGUUCUUGCUGCAAAAACCAGGCUCUCCAGUCCCGAAAAAUAUCACUCACUCCUGGAUGCACUUUGCAUCAGCCCUGUAUCCAAGCCUUUAGCUUUUUCGUAUCUCCAGCCCUUGAGGAAAUCAACUGGCUCUGUCCAUGUUAAGAAGACCAGCAAUGCCCAGGAGCCUUCUCAGCAGCCUGCCCCAUCAGCAGGUGCAGCUUGGAGCUCCCCCGAGAGGCCGGGAAGCCCAGGCUCGGCCAGACCAGGGGUGGCUGGGCUCACCACUGCUGCCGCCUUCAAGCCUCUGGGGUCCAGUGGGAUCAAGUCAUCAAACUGGCAACGGCCCAGCCAAGCAGCACCUUCCACUGGAAGAGUCGUAAGCAGUGGGCCAUCCACAGGAGCUGUGGCACCAGCUAACUCAGCCAGAGGGCAGCCUCAGCCCAGUGACGAGGACACUUUGGUGCAAAGGGCCGAGCAUAUUCCCGCAGGGAAACGAACUCCGAUGUGCGCCCACUGCAACCAGGUUAUCAGGGGACCAUUCCUAGUGGCAUUGGGGAAAUCUUGGCACCCAGAAGAAUUUAACUGUGCUCACUGCAAAAAUACGAUGGCCUACAUUGGAUUUGUAGAGGAACAGGGAGCCCUGUAUUGUGAGCUCUGCUAUGAGAAAUUCUUUGCUCCUGAAUGUGGUCGAUGCCAAAGGAAGAUCCUUGGAGAAGUCAUCAAUGCUUUGAAACAAACUUGGCAUGUUUCCUGUUUUGUGUGUGUGGCCUGUGGAAAGCCUAUUCGUAAUAAUGUUUUUCACUUGGAGGAUGGUGAGCCCUACUGUGAGACUGAUUAUUAUGCCCUCUUUGGUACUAUAUGCCGUGGAUGUGAAUUUCCCAUAGAAGCUGGCGACAUGUUCCUGGAAGCUCUGGGGUAUACCUGGCAUGACACUUGUUUUGUAUGCUCAGUAUGUUGUGAAAGUUUGGAAGGUCAGACCUUUUUCUCUAAGAAGGACAAGCCACUUUGCAAGAAACAUGCUCAUUCUGUGAAUUUUUAA